GCAGUGCUCAGAGAAGGGACGUACCUCCCACCCAGCGCCAGGCCUCUCUCACGUGUUUCUCAGGAUGGACGCCCGAACGUUGGCGGCAGCGACGGCCACGUUGCUCUUGGUAGCUUCGAGUCUAGCCGCGCCGUUUUCCCGCCAGUCUCCGCUCGUCGCUCGCCUCAGGAACUUACAUCGCACGGAUAGAUCUUUGGAAACAGCCGCCGCCUCGGGAGCUCCCACGUUCCCGGGGCCGAGGAGCCUGCCUGCCGCGUCGGAAAAGAGAAUCGAACGGAACCUGACGGAGACCCUCGACAGCUUGGGGAUCUGUCCGAACUGCCUCGCCAGAGCCGUCGCGGCCCUGCAGUCCAACGGCGCCUCGGCCGCCACGUCUUCGCUCGCCUCUUCGUCGAGGUCCCCGUCGAGCAGCUCGCUCAGCCUGCCGAGCGCCGCCGCCUCCUCCGCCGUCGCUGGGUCCUCCGCCUCCAUCUCGGAGCUGCUGUCCCAGGUGGUCUCGUCCUCCACCCUGGGGCUGCCGGCGGCGCUGUCCAAGGAGGAGGAGCGCAAGCUGAAGAUCGAGGUCAUCAAGGCCCAGAUCCUCGCCAAGAUGCAGCUCAGGGAGAAGCCGAAGGCGAUGCUGAAGCGGGAGGAGAUUCCAAGGGUGAUCAGCCGCGCCCUCGUGCCUGGACUCGCGACGCCCGCCACCCCGCCCACGCCCACGCCCACGCGCGCCACGAUACUGCUCUCCACCAAAAGAGUGCCGUGCAAGGGCCAUCGCCGCGACGUGUCUGCCUGCUUCCUCUUCACCCUGGACGGCUCGACCUCCGAGGGCGUGGAGGCGGCGACCCUUUGGGUGUGGGUGCUCAUGGGGGAGGGGCAGGAGGGCGCCAGCCACACGCUCACAGUCUCACAGGUCCAGGACGCCUCUCGGCACCACCACCACCACUCGGGCCGCCGGAAGGUCACCCUCGGCCACAAGGUCAACCUCACGAGGCCGGGCUGGGUGGAGGUGGACGUGGGGCGCGCGGCGGGCGGCUGGAUCGAGGCCGGAAUGCGCCAAGUGGAGCUGGAAGUGACGUGCUCCACCUGCCUCGGCGGCGGGGGCGCGGGCUCGCCGGUGUCGCUCCUGGCGGACCACAGGCCCUUCCUCGUCAUCACGUCGCAGCACGAGAAGGUCCGGAACCGGCGGUCGACGCGCGAGUGCUCGGCCUCCUCCGACGGCGGCUGCUGCAGGGAGAGCAUCAACGUGAGCGCCGCCGAGAUGGGCUGGGACGACUGGCUGAUCGAGCCGCGGAACUUCACCUUCUACCACUGCCGCGGCGCCUGCAGGCCCAGCGUGGCGUCGUCGGCCUCGGGGAACACCAGCUUCUAUAACGCCAUGCUGCAGAUACUGAUGAUGAACCAGCCCGUGAACACGCCCCUGCGCAACUCCCUGGCCCCCUGCUGCGCCCCGACCAAGUACGCGCCCAUGCAGUUGCUCUUCCAGUCACGAAACUCCGUCAAGUUGCAGACUUACACGGACUUAAUCGUCGAGUCCUGCGGCUGCAACACGUAGCCGGAGUUUGGCGCCACUACCGUAUGCCUUUCCACAGCGUCCGGACGGCUCCUGUGGCCAGCUGUCACAACUUGUAUCUUCUGCGUGUUUACUUUGUUUCCUAAGGAGAGUCUUAUCCGGAAGACGAGGGGAUAAGAAGGACAGGAUUUUUUUUUCGGAUUUCAUGUUCCUUUUAUCUGAGUUUUCAUAAUUUUUUUUCUUCCCAAUGUGUAAAUAUUUGCUUCGUUAUUUAUCACGAUGAGCUGAAAGUUGCACGCACUCAUACAAACAUAUACAGCUCUUAGGUUACUUGAGUCCUUUGCUGUGCUCUAAUAAUAGUUUUCAUCACUGUAUCAUUUUUCAUCAUGAUGUGUACUAUCACCAUCAGUUACAUUUAUUUAUCUCAAAUUAUUCCCAAAGUGAUACUCUUUGAAAUGUCGUAUUUACAUUUCUACCUUCGGAAUCUCACCACAUAUAUAUAGAUAUUAUAUCAUAUUAUCAUCAUGCAAGUACUGUGGAAACUGAAAUCAUUUUAAGUAUUCCUUGUCAUGUGGCUUUCGUCAUGUUUAUGCUUAUAAUGUCAACUUAAUCAUGCUUUUUGUUCAUAUGCGAAUGCCGUUUUGUCGUCAUUUUAUAAAGAUCAUCAAACGUCAUCAUGAACUCUUGUGAUAUUUUUUCAUAACAAUAAAAAAGCGCCGUUAGGGUAUACAUUACAUGCAGAUCAUCUUCAUGAUUACCAUUUGCAUUUAUUCAUUUAUAUGGAUUACAUCAGUCCCUCGAAACAAACAGUCAUACAAGGACAUAUAUAUGUAUCCA